AAAUGAAUGAGAAAUGGUUUCUGUGUGGAGGAGCUCACAGUCUAGGAAAUUUCCAACGAGAUAAUGUCUAUGAAGAUUUCCUACAGGUCAGUGGCAAGUGUGGUGUGACUCUUAACCUUCCGGUUCCGAAGGCACUCUGUCCCUGAGAUCUUCCAUUUACCUUCUGGAAGUAAGUCUGGAAAGUGAGGGCAGGAGAGGCGGUUGUAAAUUAAACAAAAGAGCAUCCUUUCCUUCUGGAGAAACAAGGAAAAGGAGAGCACCGGGCCAGUGUGGAUUUGACCUGUGAUUGCUUACCUAAUGACCGAAAGGUCAGACUUCCGUCCGGGCAGCAAACGCCCACUGAAACGCUGGGGGAGAAACGGGGAUUCCCAGCUGCGCACGCGCACUUUAACUUUCGCCGAGCGCCAGGCCCUCUCUAGAUCGGAAACCUUACGCAGUCUCCUACGAAAGACGUAGGAAAAGCGGCGUGGAAAACGCAGGCUCUUGGGUCACGUGACGCGGCGAGAGCGUCGUUGGCUCCUCCCCCUCCAAGAUGGCGUCCCUGCUGCAAUCGGAGCGGGUUCUGUACCUAGUCCAGGGAGAAAAGAAGGUUCGGGCCCCGCUCUCGCAGCUUUAUUUCUGCCGCUAUUGUAGCGAGCUGCGGUCGCUGGAAUGUGUGUCUCACGAGGUGGACUCCCAUUAUUGUCCCAGUUGCUUAGAAAAUAUGCCAUCGGCUGAAGCCAAACUAAAAAAGAAUAGGUGUGCCAACUGCUUUGACUGUCCCGGCUGUAUGCACACUCUCUCCACUCGGGCAACGAGCAUCUCCACACAGCUUCCAGAUGACCCAGCCAAGACCACCAUGAAGAAAGCCUAUUACCUGGCCUGUGGAUUUUGUCGCUGGACAUCUAGAGAUGUGGGCAUGGCAGACAAAUCUGUGGCUAGUGGUGGUUGGCAGGAACCCGAAAAUCCUCACACGCAACGGAUGAACAAACUGAUUGAGUAUUACCAGCAGCUUGCUCAGAAAGAGAAGGUUGAACGAGAUCGCAAGAAACUAGCACGGCGUAGAAACUAUAUGCCUUUGGCUUUUUCGGACAAAUAUGGUCUUGGAACGAGGCUUCAGCGACCACGAGCUGGUGCAACCAUCAGUACUCUUGCCGGACUGUCCCUUAAAGAAGGAGAGGACCAAAAAGAGAUAAAGAUUGAGCCAGCUCAGGCCGUGGACGAAGUAGAACCUCUACCUGAAGAUUACUAUACAAGGCCAGUCAAUUUAACAGAAGUGACCACCCUUCAGCAGCGCCUCUUGCAGCCUGACUUCCAGCCAGUCUGUGCCUCACAGCUCUAUCCUCGUCACAAACAUCUUCUGAUCAAGCGGUCCCUGCGCUGUCGGAAAUGUGAACAUAAUUUGAGCAAGCCAGAAUUUAAUCCAACAUCUAUCAAAUUCAAAAUCCAGCUGGUUGCUGUCAAUUAUAUUCCAGAAGUGAGAAUCAUGUCAAUUCCCAACCUUCGCUACAUGAAGGAGAGCCAGGUGCUCCUGACGCUUACGAAUCCAGUGGAGAACCUCACCCAUGUGACACUGGUGGAGUGUGAGGAGGGAGACCCGGAUAAUAUCAAUAGCACUGCUAAGGUUGUGGUGCCUCCCAAAGAGCUCAUCUUGGCCGGCAAGGAUGCAGCAGCCGAGUACGACGAGUUGGCAGAACCGCAGGACUUCCAGGACGAUCCUGACAUUAUAGCCUUCAGAAAGGCCAACAAAGUGGGUAUCUUCAUCAAAGUGACCCCACAACGUGAGGAGGGUGAAGUGACCGUGUGCUUUAAGAUGAAGCAUGAUUUUAAAAACCUGGCAGCCCCCAUCCGCCCCAUUGAAGAAAGUGACCAGGGCACAGAAGUCAUCUGGCUCACCCAGCAUGUGGAACUCAGCUUGGGCCCACUUCUCCCUUAAAAGGUGCCACCAGUGGGGCGGAUCCCAAAGGACAGUACCACCACGAGCCCACGUUAAAAUGUGGAAGCCGCUGCUUUGUUAAGCCUUGUUUGUAACGAUGUACCCAGGCACUACUGAAUCCUAUUCCUAGGAAGGUGGGGGCACAGGCAAGGCGUUGGGAACACGGGGUAACUCCUGUUCUCUUGCUCUCACUUCUGCUAAUACCAGUGAAUUACUGUCUCCCUUACUGAACCCCGCACGUCGAAUAACGGCAGCAUAGUUCCCUCCCAAAAAAAGGGGGUGGUGGCUCUUCUUUGGCGUGGCAUUGGAUUUACCACCUGAGAAAUUCUGACCAUACUGUCUCCCAGUCUGAUCUCACAAGGGAUCACGGUCUCACAGAUGAAACCUAAAAUGAUAACUGAAAGGUGGACCUGCUGUUAAUGAUCCAGCACUGGUCUGCUCUCUGCAUUCCAUUUAGCUAUAAUCUAGCACUCUAAACAUACCCCUUCACUGGUUGCCAUGGCUCCCAUCUUGCUUAGGUUUCCACUGGACAGAAAAGUAGAAAUUGUCACAUCGUCUUCAGUUUUGCGGUGUUUGAAAAAACCCGUGAGAUUCUCAAGGCGCUCCCAUUUGCCUUUUUCUAAGUGAAUACAGGAUACUUACUUAUCAGUUCCUCUUAAAAUUUCUUUGUUGUUAGAACAUGGAGCUCUCUUUUGAGAAGAAUUGAAGAAGCAAGCAAUCACAUGUCAUGUCAAGGGGGUGGCGAAUCCCAUUCAUUUUAAAUGUUGCCACAAUAUCCAGGGGUUACCGCUGUCACUGGGAGGCAGCCCUUCUGUGUCUCACUCCCUUCCCCUCCUCUCUGCCCUGCCUCUUUAACUCAAUAAGUUGUUCUGGACAUUUGGCACCUGGAAAGAGCCCAAAGAAAACUUGGUGGACAAGUUCACUUCUGGAAUGCAGAUUUUUAGCAUGAUCCAAAACUAAUGUUCUUUCCACUGAUUUGAAGGGUUACAUAACGAUUAAAAUCUCUUGAAUCCCAAACUAGAUAUUAAGAUAAGGAACCUUUCCUCUUCCUGAGUUUAAGACUUUUAUCAUAUGGUGUGUCAAAUAAGACCAUUUUGAUUGUAAACCAUAAAACAGUUCAGCAUACUUGCCUAAGAGCACAUGUGCUGUUUUCUCUUGGUAUCCUGGAGUUGGGUUGCUGACCUUAACUUCUGUGUUUUCUAAAGUGAGAUUUGACCAAGUAGACCAGCUGCACCACAUUGUCUGUAAAUGUAUUGUUAGCAAGUGGCCAACACAUUUUUGGGGAGAAGAGAAAUUUCCUGUUUGUCCUCGUUUUGUUUUUAAGUUCAAGCCUUUAGUUAAAAAACAAUUAAGAUAUGUAGUAGUCUAGAACAUAGACAGGACAUAGUAACUUAUUAGCUCCCUCUGGAAGAUAAAAAUACUUAGGAAGCCUUUGAAAGACACUAAAUUGUACUCUAAAGCUUAAGCCGACUUUAUGAAACAAUAUUCCACAGAGUAAUAUAUAUGCUGCAGUAUGAGAAAAAAAUACACAUAUCUCUAACAUUAUGAGAGUAAUUAGUAAGGUUUAGCCUCUUAGGAGUUGGGGCAGGGGGUUGUAUAAUGACAAUUUGCAGACUGUAGAUACAGUUUAAUUUUUUGUGACCCCACAGUGUUAAGUCAGUUUUUAUUUCACUACCUGCUAGAGCCUGCUCUGACGCCACUGCUCCAUAUUUGCUGGUGGAGAAGCUGGACGUCAGAGCGGAGAAUGGCUUCCUGUGUUUACACAUCUGCAGACUGUACAACAGUUGUAUAUUGUGCGUUUACGGCAUGUAGCUAGUGUUCGUUCCCAAAAGUGAUAAUGUUGAAGCCAUGGGUCUCAUCACCCCCAGGUGACACAGAAACACAAAAAUACUUUUGAUCACAGAUUUUUUUUUUUGCCUUUAGAAGUCAAAUUAACGUGAAGAAUAACAGAGUCAUUGUAUAAAUGUUUCCUCAAGAUAAUUUUCAGUGCAAGCCAGUAUUCUGUGUAUUAGUAGAAACGGCUCAACACCUGCAGCUGGUGAAUUCAGAAUUUUGUUACUUGUUUAUAUUAGAUCAGGUGCAAGACUGCCAGUGCACAGGCAGCGUGCAUCUCUGCAGGCGAAUAAGAUGGCAUUAGCACCAGAAACUACAGUUUUGGAAACUUAAGGUUAGGUUACUUUGGAUUUGUGGUUUGAUUAGCCCACCAAAGGUUUCUUUUGUUCACAGUGCUUAUAGGUGUAACGAGCUAAGUAAAUGUCAUGCAUAUUUGUGAAGAAACAUCCUUUUUGGUCCCUUUUGGGAAUGAGAGGCACUCCUUGAUCCUUAUGAAUCACAGGUUCCUGUUUUGCCUUAUAGCUUAACUUAAUGUAGUGAAAUAAAGCAGACAAAGCUUGA